AUAUCUGAAGAAAUAGCCUGAAGAUGAACUUCUUCCUGGAAACAUUAAAAGUGAUUGUACUUCUUGUUUACUACUUACUGGAGUCACUGGUGUUCUUGGUUGUUCCUGCACGGAAGAAGAAUGUUAGUGGUGAAAUUGUAUUAAUAACAGGAGCGGGAAGUGGCAUUGGAAGACUCUUAGCAGUGAAGUUUGCCAGCCUUGGAGCCACGGUGGUCCUCUGGGAUAUUAAUCAAGAAGGGCUCAAAUGCACAGUAGGACUGGUCAAGGAAACAGGAGCAGGAAGAGUACACUCUUAUGUCUGUGACUGUAGCAAAAGACAGGAUAUCUACAGAGUAGCUGACCAGGUUAAAAAAGAAGUUGGUGAUGUCAGCAUCUUGAUCAACAAUGCUGGUAUUGUAGUUGGGAAGAGAUUUCUUGAUUCUCCAGAUUCACUUGUAGAAAAAACCAUGGAAGUGAACACAAUGGCACACUUCUGGACUUACAAAGCCUUCCUCCCAGCAAUGAUUGCCGCCAACCACGGACACUUGGUUAGCAUAGCAAGCUGUGCAGGACUCUGUGGAACCAGUCAGGCUUCAGAUUACUGUGCAAGUAAAUUUGCAGCAGUUGGUUUUGCAGAGUCAAUUGAUAUAGAGAUGAGAAGUCUGAGAAAGACUGGUGUUAAAACCACAAUUGUGUGUCCUUACGUCAUAAACACGGGAAUGUUUGAUGGUGUUAAAUCCAAGUGGCCACGUAUGAUUGCUAAUCUGGAUCCGGAGUACGUGGCUGAGAGGAUAGUCAGUGCUGUUCGGCAGAACCAAGAAGUUUUGCUUAUGCCACGCAUCGCUUAUCUUUUACCUUUUCUAAAAAGCUUCCUACCAGUGAAAGCGCUAGUUCUCCUUUUAGAAUACUUUGGACUCGAUGAUAUGAUGAAUACCUUCAAAGGUCGACCAAAGAAGGAGUGAAAAAGCACAAAAUUCAGAGACCAGCAGCUCUAAAGUGGGUGUUGAAGUUAGUUAAAGGUGGUGGUGGGAAAAGUUUGCUUCACUAACAGCUGUGAACUUUGUGCCUCAUUUCUCAAUAGUAACAAGAUUUUUAAGAGUUGCUUUUCAACUGGCUCUUAAUCAACAGCUUUAAUCUGAAAUAAUGUUUUUGAAUUGUUUUCUUUUCACCUCAUUAUGAAAAUACAUUAAUUGAACUUAUUUGCAUUGGUUUAUAACACCUUAAAAGGGAUCCUGCAUCACAAAGCAGUAACUGGCAACUUUGGGGGGAAGAAAAGACCAAGAAACCACAUAUAUUUAGCAGGUAUCCAGAAAAACCUGUAGUGGAUCUGACUUCUUGCUGCCAUUCAGUGAACCAUGAGGAUGAGCUGUACUGCUGGUGCCAUUACCAUUCCCUGGUAAGCUGAGGAAUUCAAGAAUUUCCUCAAACAACAGAUUGUAACUCUUACAAAUGGAAAUUUUGGGAGAUUAAAAAUAUACACUGUGUUGGUGAAAAAAACAAUGACAUUUAUUAAUUUUUGGAGGUAUGCUCUCUCAACCCACAGAUGACAAUGGAUGUUGGGACAGGGAUAGGGAAGGAUAUGUAAAUUAAGGUAAACUAAGCAUUUGUACUGCUAAUCUACUUUGUGCCUCAUUUAUUUUAAAAGCUAAUACUAUGACUGCAACUUUGUAACAGAAGUCUUUAUAUCUUUUAAGUACAGUAUUUUAAGAACUAUUUUAAAUUGUCACCUCCUAAGAAGAAUAAAUUUGUAUUUAUAAAGCAUGGGUCUGCCAGUCUAGGUGGGCUGUUCAAUGUCUCAUCAAAAGAGACAAUGAACUACUAAAAGCAAGGGUGUUGUGUUGUAUAAUAGGGGUUUCCCUUGGGAUUGUUUCAGAAAGGAAUGAUGUUGACAGAACUGAAUGGUAUCAUAUAUCAUUUGAUAUUUUGCUUCUCUGAGUUGGGUGACAGACUGCCUUGUGUCUACAGAGACUUGGUUUACUUUCCCUUUACUCUUAGGACUGUCCAUUUGUUUUGAGCAUAUGCUGUGGAGGUGUUGUCCUUUUUGACAAUGGAUGCUUAGAAAGCUACCUUGACUUUUUGUAAUCCAAAACAAGAAAAAGGAAGCUUAUGUGUACAUGACUUCUGUACAUGCUAAGUCCACUUCAUCUCUCAGUUCUCUGCUAGCAAUUGAUAUAGCAAUUGGAACAGAAUGGAGAAAAGGGUGACUUUUUUAAUGGGGAGUCUUUUUUUCUUUCAAUGAUGGCCUAUAAACUACCUAAUUUCCCUUGACUAUACAAAUAGUAAGGUUUAUUAGCAGAGAGCUACUUUAUAUAAAAGUGCCAAGUAUAGAGCUACUUUACUACUCUACCGAUGAGCAAGAAACACUGAGUAAAACAAGUGUGUUAAAAAUCACCUUACCUUUAUGAUGGAUUGAUGAGAGCUAGAGUUCAGAGUGAUGAAGAAAAGAUUUGUUUCAAUCUCCUUUCAGAUCUUCAGCUUCUCUUCCUCAAAAUUUUUACUCAUUUUACAGUACACCUCAGGAAACAAAAGUUAACCAAGUAAAAAAGAGAUUGUCUCAAUGUGCAAUCCGUGCACACAUUGCAGUGUUCACAAAUUCUAUCACUAAUAACUAUGUGGUGUAUCUGUGUCUUCAGCCUCCUCACCUUUUUAUACUAACAGAACAUACUUUUCCCUCCUGGAACAAAGGGGAAAAGUGAGUUCUGCAUAUGAACACUAUGAGUAUCAAACUUCAGCUCUAGUGAAAGCAAGUAGCUUUUCAUUUUUAGUGUCUUUGUGAACACCUUCUGUUGAAGAAAAUUAGAAACUGUAAGUCUGGCAGUAGGAUUUGGGGAUUUUCAGCAGGUUCAUGUUUGUCAAAGCCCUAGGAGAAUUUUACCUGAAAAUCUGUGCCAGAUAAAUACAUCUCCAAGGAAUUUUCCCACAGAAUCAGUGGAAAGGACCUGUGCUCAAUUAAGUUUUGUGUAUCUCUAAGGUUGGAAACUCUACAACCUCUCUAUUCUAGUGUUUUUUCACACUCUGUUUAAAAACAGAUAAAUGAAAAUUGUGUAAAUUCAAUGUACUUUAUUUCAUGUCCUUUCAGAGGAUACCACUAAGAGUCUGAGUUUGCAUUUCACACCUUCCUUUUAGGUACUUAUACACACUAGGGCUCAACCUUUUCUCAAGACUAAGCAGUCCCAGAAAUCUCAACCUCUCCUUGUAUGGCAGGUGCUCCAGUAUCUUAGUUAUCUUUACAGCCGUUCACUGGACUCACUGAGUAUAUGCAAAAACUAGUUAUGAGCAUAUUCAUAUCUCUUAGAGACCAAUUUCUGUACUAGACUGAGCAUGCAUAAUAUGUCAUACAAAGCUUCAGUAGAAAAUCUCUGCUUGCUAGCUGUCCUAGUAGGAGUACACAAAUAAUGGCUUUCACAUAAAUGUGCUGCUACCACAUUAAAUAUUGUGGUCACUGGUAAAUUAUAUCAGUACCAGGUACCUGGAGGAUAACAGCCUGUCCUGUGGUGGUUUUUAUCUCCUUUGAUGGCAUGACAGAUGUGGAGUUGUAUCCUGGAGGUCAAACAGCACACAUCCUUCACCUGUGCUCAGGAGGUUGCUUGGAGUGAGUGUUUGGAUCUUCUUAUAUCUGAGAUAUAAAUGUCUUAAGAUAAAAGGUGGCUUACGUCCAGCAUAACAAUGAUCUUGACUGAUUACUUUCCUGAUGCCAAGAAGGAGUCUUUCCUUCUGCUCUCGACAAGAAAACUCAUGGAAGGAUCACUGUGACAGCCAAACAAGAAGAUAAAACUUGAAAAGGAAGGAGCAUUUCAUUUGUGACAGCAUAAUGUCUGACUGCUGGACAAUAUAUCAGGCAGCUCCCACAAAAGAAUUGUUGGUUUCAUGGCCAUUGCCUGAAAUUUUAAAUAGUCUCUCCCAAAAAAUGACUGUCCCAAAUUUGACUGGGAUGGCUGCAUUAGCCUAAUAAUAAUGUCUAUGGUGAUCCAAAAGCAAUCCAUAGUAUUUUAUGUCCUGCUAUAUUUCUUUUUCAUGUGGAAUCAUAUUCCUGUAGUAGCAGAAAUCAUGCUGUCCCCUAAUGCUUCAAAAUAUGGAGAACAUAGUGCCAAGAAAAAUUAACUUGAUUAAAUCCUCUGAACAAGAUUGAGAAGGAAGGCAAACAAAAAACCAGCAGCUGAGAUACAAGCUCCAUUAUUAUUUUAUGAAUUUGGAAUUCAUUCCCAGGAGUUAUGUGCACCUGCCUGGAAUCUGGUGUUCAUGGUGGUCUGUUGUCAUUUUAGGAAGGAGCCAAGCAGGUACCUCUUCUCUGGUAACUUUCUUCGGUUGUUCUUCCAAAGACACCAGUGUGCACUGCAUAGUUUGCUGAGCAGCUGUUCAAAGCCAUAGGCUUUGUAAAAUAAGCAUUUCAACAAAAUAACUUGGCUUCUCUCACUGACUUUUUCUUUGCUGUGACAAUCAAGAGAAAUUAUUUUGGGUUCACAGUUACCAGAUGUUCUAGGAAAAUGCAGAAUUACUGUCUCUCAGGUGACACUUUAAUACGUGUUAUCAAUGCCUCAGUGUGUGGGGCAGCACUACAAGCAGGGAUUUUUGUCCACUCACUGCAUUACACACUUUCUCUCUAGUCUUGGGUGUCUUCAGCUUGAUGAUAUUUUCUCUGCCUUUCAAAGCCUCCAAGCUAACAGCCUGAAGUUCUGUGAGAACUUCAUAGAUAGCCUGUGGCCUAUGGCUGAGAAAAACAUAGCUCUGCCUAGGGAAGAGAAGUGGAAAAAAAUCCCACCUUCUUCCUUUGCCCUUGGCAAUAGCACACUAGGGAGAUGAGUGCCCUCAGGAUUGCAACAGUGAUGUUCGAGACAAAGAUGUGACAAGAACAGAAGUUCUAUGCCAAGGUGCUCUGUGUUGUUGCAUCUGCUGGGUAGUUACUGCUUGAUUAAAACAAACCUUGGCUCUUGGUACAGCUGUGUUGAGAAAUUUCAUACCUUAUCCAAGGUCAGGCGUAACUACAUCUAAGGAAACAUUGUUCUGUAGGACUUGUAGUGGAGUAGUCUUCCACAAUCCCUGCCCCGGAAGGAUGAACCCUAAGACAUAUAACAAUAUGUUAUACUUUUGUCUCCCCACCUCUUGGGGUCCAGAGGCCGCAACCCCAGCUUUGGCACAGAAAGAGGAAUCAACAGAGCCAGAGCAUGAGCAGCAGCAGCAACCCUGUCAGCACAUGCCACCAACAACAAUUACAGAGGUUCUUGCUGAACAAGUUUGGCAUGUUGGUACCAUGAACUUCAUGCCUAGAAGGUGCCAUGGUCUAGGCUACCUGGGUGUGAUGGUGCAGUCCCCCUGGGCAGGUAUCUGCAUCACCUCUGUUAACUGUAUUGCUGUAAAGGCAGCUUGCUCAGAGAUUAAUGCAAGUUGAUAUAUGGGAGCUGAGGAAUCUCUUGAGCACAUGGUCUUUAAUGCUUGUUCCCCGGAAAUGAGAAUUCUUGUUGGAAAGUUAACAUGGAAGGUCUUCUCUAUAUUAAUUCUAGAAAACACACUUUGCAUUAUUCAUUGUCUGUGUAUUUCUGUCAUGAUAAUGAUGAUUUACCCUGAAGACACUCACACAAUGCACCAUGCACAGCUAAUAAAGCUACAAAACUGA